UUGUUGUGAAAAGAUUUGCAAACAUUUCAUCAUUUCGUUCAUCACUUUGUUUUGAUGUCGAAUACAAACCAAUAAUUGAUUCAUUCAUUCAUUUAUUUAACUUAUUAUUCAAUGAUUUAAAUACCAAUCAAUCAUUCAAUACAUUCAAUACAAUGUCCAGUGAUUUGAUUUCAACUGAUUUCUUGUGAAAUGUCUUAUAAUUCAGUCACCAAUUGUUUGUUUGAUUCAGUGAUCAUCAGUGCUAUUAAAGUGUGUGAAGAAUCACUAAUUAGUUGUCAUUACUAUUGUCUGAAUUGUUAUCUAAAAGACAUGUUUUGUUUGAAAACAGUUAACAAAUUGUUUUAUGUUAUGAACAGUGAAACUAUUGGUUUAGACUUAAAUUAUCGGCAAAAUGGUUACCAAUUGAAAGGUUUAGUGUCCUCUAAGUCGGCGCUCAACUAAACAAAAAAAUGUCUCAAUUUCUGGUCUCAGCUCUUGGUUCACAAAAGACUUAUUUAAUUCCAAACCAAGAGAUGUCUUCAUCGCAUUCGUCGAUGUUUUGGUCUCCGAGAAGAUAUUCAGAUUCUUCAAUUUCGUGGUCAUAUCCGCCACCGAAGAAUAACUUGUGUACAAAGCUUUUGUCUCAUUUGAGCUCAAAGUUUGUGUCUUUUAACACGAAUUUGUGUAAUUCGUGUCCAAGAAAUUGUUUGAGAGUUAGAGCCGAUUCUUCACUCGACGAACUCGUCUCUCAACAAGUGAUCCGAAGAAUGGCUGUGAAAACAGCUUUUCCAAUGACUGACUCUAUUCUAUCGUCUGAUGUUUGUAGUGAUUGUGAAGUUAUGUCAGACAACACUUUUGAAGAACAUAAAAGCGUAGAUACAAUGGCCGACGAUAUGUCCAUUGAUUCCGAUUCUUCGGGCGAUCGGACGGCCCGAAUGCAAUCAAUCAACGAUUCGCGUGUUUUGGAUUCAAUGCAAAACGAUAGACAAAAACGAAUUAAACGAAAAAGAAGAAGAAGAAAGAAAAAGAGUGUAAAGACAACCGAUUCGACAGACUCUUCGCCUAAAAAGUGCUUUAUUGGGAAAAAUGAGUUCAUUUCGUUUCUUUUGGACACAGAGUCCGACUACGAGACGGAAAGUAGUGAUGAAAUAGACGUCGACUCAAAUCAGAUGAGUCUAUGUCUUGAUUUGAAAGUGAUGUGCGAACAUCUUUUAGUCGAUUACUUUAUUGGCAAACAAACCACGACUUCUAACGACGAAACACAUUGUUAUCCAAAACCGUCUGAAACUUCGUAUUUUGCGGACGAAAAAUCAGAACUUUUAGCUAUUCAUGAAUCGGUUUGUUUGGCUAAUCAAAAGUGGAAUCAAAGUUAUGGCAAAGAAUUGGCAGAAGAACGCAAACAAACAAAAGUCAAUUUCUCUCCAAAUAAGCCUUUAAUACGAGUGCUAUGUGUUUGGGAUUAUGCCUCCAGACAGGCUCGUAGUGGUGGAUGGGAACAGAUGGCAGUUGAUAGACAACGGUUUGCUGAAAAGUGUCGAAGAAUUGAAACACAAAUUGGAUUUGUUUUUAACGCAGAACACAGACAAAGAAUAUUUAAAUCCCGUUUUAUUUAAACAUUAAGUUUUGGUUAAUUAAAGAA